AUGGUCAAUAUCGAAGAAUACCCGUUCUCAGUUGGGCACAUAAUAAUUCAUUAUCUAAUCACCAAUAAAUACCAGUGCCUCAAACCCGAAGGAGAAACGGAAGACGAAAAAAACUGCUCAGAGCUUGCCACUGCUUUUGAAGCUCAUGCUGCCGCAGUUGACUUGGAACUCCCUUGUCUGCAACUCUUGGCAUCUUCUGAGAUGAGGAGACUGGAAGGGAAACUGAACCUAGUCUUAAUAACGAGAACCUUGAACGACACCAAACUACCACUGGAUCAGUAUCCGACGAUUACGGCGAACUUCAUAUCAUACGUCAUAAGAUUGUUAGUAACUCCCUCGAAGGAGUGCAAAGAUGAAAUGAUGAGCCAGAUUGGCGUUCCAGAGAAUGUUGCUAUGGUCCUCAUUCAAUGCUUUCUUCGGUUUAAAGGCAUUGGAUUUACUCCAGACCACACCAACAAGCCCGAGUUGAAGGACGAGAUGGUGGAUGCAAGCCAGCUCGUGCAGGAAGAACAUGAGCUUCUGACAAUGCUGCAGAGUUUCGACAAGGAGACCUCUCAGAUAUAUCAAUCGACUUUUGAGACUGGUAUCAGUGAGAAGAUGGCUAGGGAAUCCUUCGCCAAGACCAUCCUUGAGACAUGGGAGGCUAGUGGAGGAAGUCUAUCGUCCCUACAACACGCUCGUCUCCAAGAACUUCAAAGCUUCUCUGCCAAGCUUUCCGCAGACCUAGAUACCUGUGAAAAAGAUCUGGAAGCCUCAAAAGAGCGCUCCAGAAAGUUGGCGGUAGAAGGAAAGGCCAUUGUGGAGAGGCUGGCUUUAGAGAGCGAGAUCCAAAGCAUACUGGAAUGCCAGGAACGACAAAAUGGAUUUUUAUCUCUGAGUAACCGACUUCGCCUGAGAUCUGCGAAAUCUCGCAGCAAAGACCUCAGUACCGCGGCUACUAUUGAUCCUCUGGUCCAUCCGAACACUAAAGACCCGAAGAUGAAUCCAGACCAGGAGGAAGAGGGUCAACUUGAUGAUGGUGAGUCAGUGAGCUGA